AUGGAACAAUCGGACGCCAGAACAAGCAGUCCAGGGAUCUCUGCAUCUCCAGUACAACACAGUCAUGACAUUGAAAUUGAGACGGUAAAGAACGCCAAGGAAAAUUCAUCAUCGAAAGAUGCGGAAGCGUUGCAAGUUGAUGAAGGCAGGCAGCCAAAGCAGAAAAAGUCUGUGGCCUUCAGGUUGGCUUUUAUAGGUUUGUCUGCUACACUGUUCGUAUUCCAAGUAGAUGCAACAGCACUUGGCAUUGCGUUGCCGACAAUAGCCAAUGACCUCAAAGGUUCGAGUCUAGAGUCUUUCUGGGCCAAUCUAUCCUAUACACUAUGCGGUCUUGUAAUGCAACCGGUGUGGGCAAGCAUAUCAGACGCAUUCGGCCGAAAACCACCACUCUACGUCUGCAUUGGGCUAUUUUUCAUCGGAUCAGUUACCUUUGCUGUUGCUCAGAAAAUGAAAACGAUAAUCGUGGGCCGUGUACUCCAGGGUUUUGGCGGCGGUGGCAUCGAUGUUCUUAUUCAGGUUAUCCUCGCUGACAUGACAACACUCGAGGAACGAUCAAAAUAUCUGGGUUUGAUGGGUAUCCCAAAUGCAGUGGGCAAUAUUCUUGGACCAUCUGUAGGUGCUUUGUUUUCUACUUGGGCUGGCUCCUUGUUUCCUUGGGCCGCAUGGGAGACCUUGGUUCCUAUGAUUUUGGGUGUCUUGGUGCUUGCCGCUUUCAUCUUCUACGAAGCGAAGCCUGCAGCACCAAUCAUGCCUCAUCGGCUGUUCCACUCCAUUACUGCCAACAUGACAUUGCUUGGAGGGUUCAUUCACGGAGCCAUCCUCGUUUCGUUACUUCAGUAUCUGCCUCUGAUUUAUCAAGCUGUGUAUCUGGAAACGCCGAUCAAGUCAGCUGUCUUUCUGUUGCCAACGUCUAUCAUUAGCGUGUUCAUCGCAGUAAUCUCUAUGAUGAUGGUACCAUUAUUUGGAGGCUAUACCUGGCUACUGAGGCUCUCAUGGGCCUUGUUGGCUCUCGGUACUGGGAUUCUGGCAAUCCUAAAUCUCAGUUCGCCUUCAUCGAUGCUCUACGGAAUCCCUGUGAUAUGGGGAACAGGUGUUGCUCUUCUAAGACUCAAUCUUCUGCCGAUGCAAGCCAGCGUCAAAAAUGUUGAUGAUACAGGCGUUGCAAUCGGGCAGUUUCUCACGAUUCGUAUGUUUGGAGGUUUGAUCGGUCUGACCGUCGCCUCUGCAAUAUUCAACACUGUCUUUGCAAAGACCAUCGCCUCAAGCUCGUUGCAACUUGCGGGGCCUCUGGCACCUUUGGAGGAUGCAUCCAAAGCCAUUGCUUUUAUUAAAGAACUCAGGACCUUGAGCAUUUUUCCGACAACACUUAAUGAAGUGCUAAGAGUCUACCUCGAAUGUUUUCGCACGGUCUUCUACACAAUGGCCGGCUUGGGUGCUUUGGGGUUGCUGACGUCAAUGUUUCUUGAGGAGAUUGACCUCAAGAGCCAAGACCGUGGCAAUCAGCGUUUUGAAGACUAA